AUGAGAAUCAAGAUAUUCAAGUUGAGGAGCUACCAGUUUUCUUUGGCCUUCAUAUUUGCCAUUGAGGAGAUCAACAGGAACACUCACAUUUUACCCAACACAUCUCUCGGAUUUGAGCUCUAUAAUGUUGAAAACAGUCUACGGGAUAUUAUGAAGGAAACUUUUUUUUGCCUCACAGGAAUGGGAAUAUACAUUCCCAAUUACACAUGUAAAAGAAAGAACAAGGUUGCUGCUUUACUUACAGGAACAGAAUGGGAAACAUCUGUACAAGUUGGGAGACUGCUGAAUCUUUACAAAUAUCCACAGAUUACUUUUCGGCCAUUUGACGAUACCCUAAGUGACAGAGUCCAGUUUUCUUCUCUCUACCAGACAGCACAAAAGGACAUGUCUCUGUCUCAUGGCAUUGUCAUUUUGAUGGUUCAUUUCAACUGGACCUGGGUGGGAUUGGUUCUCACAGAUGACCACAAUGGGGCUGAGAUUCUAUCAAACUUGAGAAGAGAGAUGGACAGGAACAGAGUGUGUGUAGCUUUUGUAGAAAUGAUUCCGGACAGCCAAGUUUACUCGGGCUAUGAAUCCAGAACAACUCAUCGAAACAUCUUGAAAUCAUCUACAAAUGUUGUUUUCCUUUAUGAUGUCACUCAAUAUUUAUAUGAUCUAAUAAUAUAUAUAGGAAUACAUUCAAUUACUUGGAAAGUCUGGAUCACUAAGUCACAAUGGGAUGUAACUACUGAUGUUCCUUAUUUUGUAUCUGAUCCAUUCCAUGGUAGUCUCAUUUUUGCACAACACCAUGCUGAUAUUUCUGAUUUUAGGAAGUUUAUCCAGACAUACAAGCCUUCCAAAUAUCCAGAAGACUAUAUCCUUGCUCUUUUGUGGAACAGAUAUUUCAAUUGCUCUUUUUCUGGACCCAGUUGUAAAAUAUUAGGUAACUGUCAACCCAAUGCUUCCUUGGAAAUGUUGCCUCGAAAUGCUUUGGAAAUGGAUAUGACUGAAGAGAGUUAUAAUGUAUAUAAUUCUGUAUAUGUUGUGGCUCACAGUCUCCAUGAAAUGACUCUGAAACAAGUCGAAAUUCACCCUCAUGGAAAUGGGGAAGUAAAUACCUAUCCUUGGGAGCUUCACCCUUAUCUCAAGAAUAUCCAUUUCAAAAAUGGUGCAGGAAACCUUAUGGUUUUGGAUUCACAAAGGAAAUUAGAAGCAGAAUAUGAUAUUCUCAACCUCUGGAAUUUUCCAGAUGGUCUCAGACAAAAGAUGAAAGUUGGAACAUUUUCUCCAAAAGCUCCACAGGGCCAAGAACUAUGUUUGUCUGACCAUAUGAUACAAUGGGCUAUAGGAUUUACAGAGCUUCCUCGCUCUGUGUGCAGUGAGAGCUGUGUUCCUGGAUUAGAUAUGGAUCAUUGUGUGAGGUGUCCAGAAAGUCAUUAUGCAAACACAGAGCAGAACCACUGCCUCCAGAAAGUAGUGACAUUUCUGUCCUACGAAGACCCUUUGGGGAUGGCACUCAUCAACUUGGCUUUGGGCUUUUCUUCACUAACAGCUGUUGUUUUGGGGGUCUUUGUGAAGUACCACCACACUCCCAUUGUCAAGGCCAACAACUGGGCUCUCUCUUAUAUCCUUCUCAUCACUCUGAUCUUCUGUUUUCUCUGUCCAUUGCUAUUCAUUGGUCAUCCCAACACAGUCACCUGUAUGCUGCAGCAGAGCACAUUUGCAGUUCUGUUCACAGUGGCUCACUCCACAGUCUUGGCCAAAACUAUUACUGUGGUUCUGGCUUUCAAGAUCACAUUGCCAGGAAGACUGAUAAGGUGGAUAAUGGUAUCAAGGGCUCCUAACCUCAUUAUUCCUGUCUGCACCCUUAUCCAACUUGUGAUCUGUGUAAUUUGGCUGAGCACCUCUCCUCCAUUUAUUGACUCAGAUGCUUACACUGAACAUGGACACAUAAUUAUUCUAUGCAACAAGGGCUCUACUAUUGCCUUCCAUUCUGUCCUGGCAUACCUCUGCUCCAUGGCACUUGGAAGCUACACUAUGGCUUACCUGUCCAGGAACCUGCCUGACACAUUCAAUGAAGCCAAGUUCAUCAGUUUCAGCAUGUUGGUGUUCUUCAGUGUGUGGGUCACCUUCCUUCCUGUCUACCACAGCACCAAGGGGAAACUCAUGGUGGCCAUGGAAGUCUUCUCCAUUUUGGCUUCCAGUGCAGGUCUCCUAGGAUGCAUCUUUCUUCCCAAGUGCUAUAUUAUUUUGUUCAGACCACAUAGCAAUGUGCUUCAUCAUGUCAGGAACAAAGCACAUUCUAGAGGAAAAGUGGAUCUUACAGCUUAG